CUUGGCUCCUCAUUUCACCACAGUCAGCCUAAGAGCUGAUAUCACACAGUAUUUGUCUGUCACUGCCUUUUCCCAGACACGCGUUGACCAGUUUCUUCACAGCACCAUGCCGAUCAAGGAGCAGCCUACCUGGAAAAUGCACUUUAUGUAAAUUGUUGUGUUUGUGCAUUUACCACUGACGGGAAAAAAGGAACUCGGGGAGAAUCAAAGUUGGAGGAAGGACAGCCGAGCUUCCCCCUAGUCCAAUUCUCUCUGUCCAAAAGAUGUCAGCAUCCCCUGCCAGCACCCUAGGAAGGGGAACCAAAACCUCUAAAGCGUCAAAGGAUCAUAAAAAGCCUACACCAGCUGCACUCAAAGGCGCCAUCCAGCUGGGCAUCGGUUAUGCUGUGGGAAACCUCAGCUCGAAACCAGACAGAGAUGUACUCAUGCAGGACUUUUCUGUGGUGGAGAGCGUCUUCCUGCCAAGUGAGGGUAGCAACCUGACCCCAGCACAUCACUUCCCAGAUUUCCGUCUGAAAACAUACGCCCCACUGGCUUUUCGCUACUUCAGAGAGCUCUUUGGCAUCAAACCGGACGACUAUCUGUACUCCAUAUGCAACGAGCCGCUGAUAGAGCUGUCCAACCCCGGCGCUAGCAGUUCCUGGUUUUACCUCACCAGCGAUGACGAGUUCAUCAUCAAGACAGUGCAACCUAAAGAGGCAGAGUUCCUGCAGAAGCUGCUUCCUGGUUACUACAUGAAUCUCAAUCAGAACCCGAGGACGUUACUGCCCAAGUUCUACGGCCUCUACUGCAUCCAGUGUGGAGGCAUCACCGUUCGAGUGGUGAUCAUGAACAAUGUGCUGCCGCGAGCCAUGAAGAUGCACUACAAGUACGACCUGAAGGGAUCCUCGUACAAACGCCGCGCCUCACGCAAAGAGCGUGCCAAGUCCUCACCCACAUUCAAAGACCUGGACUUCCAGGACAUGCACGAGGGCCUGGUCUUUGACCCGGACACAUAUAGUGCCUUGAUGAAGACCUUGCAGAGGGACUGUCGGGUCCUGGAAAGCUUUAAGAUCAUGGACUACAGUCUCCUGCUGGGGAUUCACGUUCUGGAUAGGAAGCCGCUGAGCAGAGGAAGCAGAUGUGACAGCAGGAGAGGACAGAAAGUCCUCUACUCCACCGCCCUCGAGUCCAUCCAGGGGAAUGUCAAGGACCCAGAACCAGUGGCAGAUGAUGACACGUUGGGUGGAAUUCCCGCCAAACAUAAAGACGAGAGUCUGCUCAUCUUUUUAGGAAUUAUCGACAUUCUUCAGUCUUACAGGUUCGUUAAGAAGGUGGAACACUCCUGGAAGGCUCUUGUACAUGACGGGGACACAGUGUCAGUGCACAGGCCCAGUUUUUAUGCAGACAGAUUUCUGAAAUUCAUGGGCACGACUGUUUUCAAGAAGAGCCAUCCUUUAAGAGGAGCAUCUUCAAAGAGGAAGAAGAACUCCCUUUAUGCAAAGUCAGUCUCCCAGGAGAUUCUGUCCCCACUAAAGGAGAGGAAGGAGGAGAAGAAAGCCCAAAGCAUGGACAACCUGGAUGGAAACUUUUACAGUUCCUCCAAACAGCCGGAUCUUCUACCUGAGUCUGCCGUUUCUUUAAAAUCCAGCGGAAAAGAGGAAGAAGACUAUGAAAACAGUGAAGACCGACGAGCCUCCAGUUCAACGAUCGCUCUGGACGAUCCACUGCCGCCCCUCAGCAGAAGCCAAUCUGACUCUGAACUGGAUGUCUACUUGCCUCACACAGUCUCACCCAGGCGACCCAGCUGGAGCUGAUCAGUCGUCAAUAAAGUUGAGGAGAAACAGGGCUAUUGCUCCUUUCCAACCACCUGCACUUGUGAACUUUGAAACACCAACCGCAGUCCAACAACAUGAAGACAUAAGGACUUCAGAACAGCAAACAUGGCACAAACUACAAGUAGUAGCCUGUUCUUCUCAUUUUCUCCACUGUGAGCAUCACUAUGAUCCUUAAAGAAGCAUAAUGCAGUCACUCGAGAAAAAAAGUCCCAUGUUUCAGUCUCAGAAAAAAUCUGCUCUGUUUUUCCACAAUAAUGAGAUGCCUCCUCCAUGAAUGUGGGAAUGUUCUUCCCUCUUGCGCCGAGUAGGGCUCGUUACUUCUGCUGCCAGUUUUUAAACCAUCUGUACUUCAUUUGACUCCCAAAUUUUCUAACAGCUUUUUACUUUUACUCUCUACACUUUAACCACUUUUUAUACCUUACAUUUAAUAAUCGUACUUUAGUUUUAACACAUUUGAGGUGUGUUGUUAUUUCACUGUGCACCUUCCAGACAUCAUAGCAAUAUGAAUGUAUAUGUAGGGAAUGAUAAUACAUAAAAGACAGUCCCACUGGUGUAUCUGCCAACUGAUAUGCAAGGUGUAGAGUUGAAAGAUAAAAACCCCACACAUGCAGGGAAGAUGAGUGUGAAGCAAAGACAGAGAAAAGUACAGCUGGUGAUGUCAUGACACGAAAUCAAGACACUGGUCUGUUAGCAUUGCACAAAAAUAGCUAGUGAAAAAGGAAAUACUUUUUAUUUUCGAGUACAUUUCAGAGUCUGUACUUAAAGUAAAAAAAUCGGGUACUUUCUUUAACGUUACUUGAGAGAAAAAUGUUUGUACAAUUUAAAAAAAAAAAAAAGAUUCUUCAACCUCAGUAAACAUGAAGCAAUAACUCUGAGUCAAAUGCAACUGAAAAUUAUAAAGUCCAACCUUCAUUUAUUCAAAUAAUUAAUGCUUGAAGAAAAUAUGCUUGGUAUAAACUGAUUAACAGACUUUGUGAAGCGGUAAAAAUGACAAAUUCUAGUAGAAACGCAGCAAUUUCAACUUAGUUUGCAUCUAAUAGAAUAUAUUUAUACUAAAAAUGAACAAAUCUGAAUAAACCUUAGUUUUCAUAACCCUAAUAACAUUAUUUUCAGUGAAUAGUGUAUAAUAAUUGAGUUAAUUGUAAACCAUGUGGGUUUUUGAUGUUUGAAUGGCCAAAAACAUUUUUAGGUUCAUUUGUUUCUACAAAGAAAACAGCUGCUUAUAUAUUGAAUACAAUAUAACAAUAAGAUAAGUAGUUUCCUGUUCUUUACUUCUUCUUUGUGUAAUUUCAUUCGAUUUUAAUGUUGAUCUUAAUUAAAAGUAAAACAUACAGUGACAGUCAAAGGUCUGGACACAUUUGAGGGCAGGGAUGUUUCUUAUUGUCUGAGACAAUUUUAAUUAAAAUAAAUUGCUGUGAAAAAUUUAAGAUUCAUAACAGAUCACAAAGGCACAUUUGUGAUUUAGCUUUCCUAUUGCUGGGAUGUUAUUGAUUUCUUUAUAAAUAAAAAAAAAAAAUAUUUGGUAGUAUGGCAAAGAAAGCUCAACUGAGUGAAAGUCAGAACAACAGGAACCCAGUUGAGACAGAAAUCCCUUUGGGAAAGUGUCAGGAAGGCAUCUGGUGUGAAAACCUACCAAAUCAGACAUAUGGAGCACCUGCUGCGGCGACCCCUUGUGAAAGGGGGAGAAGCUCCACUUUGACUGAGCAUGUCCAAACUUUUGACUGGUUCUAUAAAAAAUUAAACUGGAUGAAUUCAGGAAAACAGAGCAGUUUUUUUUAUUACAUGUUUUCGGAAUUUCUAAGAUAAGUAUCCAAAUUAAUAAAUCAGAAAAAUAUUUUUAAUUUCAUGAAAAGUUAUAUAGGAAUUAUUGCAUGUACACCUCGUUCAUUUAACAAAAUGGGGGCAUUUGUUUUUGAAAGAAAAGUGCAUUAGGCUCUGUUGUUCCUCUUUCUUUUAAUUUUAAGUGAAACUCAACUUUCCAAAUCAAUGGAAACACCUCUACAACUAGCAGAUAUGUUAAUGUGUUAAUGUGUAUUAGUAGCACUGAACUACUGUGCUGACGUGCAGUAAAACACUACAAAGCUGCUUCUUUGCCUGUUGUCGUUCACACUGCUGCUAGUAAAUCCUUGUGUUUCUUUGCUAAUAUUUUCUGAUUUUCUGUAAAUGUUUACAUUUCUCAGUGGCUGGUUCCAUGAGGAAGUAAACAUAUCAGCUCAUCGGCUACAGAAAUAGAUCAGUGCUCGUUUGUAUUGUAUUUACGUAGAGAUAUGUUCAAAGAUCAUUCAGGUUUUUCAGAUGUAUGUGUGAAAAUCCACGUUAGUCGUUGUACAUUCACUCACAUUUGCAUAAGUAACACCCUGUGUUUUAACCCAGAAGAACAUUACAAAAAGACAUGAUUAAAAAAUGAAUAAAAAGACAAAUUCAUUAGAUGAACUGAAUUUUCAGACAUAAACUUCCCAUUUAUAAUGACUACUUUGCAACGUACCACAAUAGCUUGCUAAAACUAGCACUGACGGAGCUGCUGGCAUGGCUCUUACACCUGUUUAAACAUGCAGAAUAUUUUCAAAAUUUUCAUGCUAUAAUGAUGUUUGAACACGUGACAGAUUAAAGGAAAGAACUGAACCCUCGGCCUCUGCAGUAAAGCAAUGUGGUCGGUGUUGUGGUUCCACUCCAUUUGUCACAAUCCUGUGGCUCUGUGUUAUCACCUCUCUCCUCUGAUGAAAAUUUUCUUUGCUAAUAAGAGUUCAUAGAAUGAUAAAAAGAGUGAACAUUUUGUGAAAUACAUGACUUUGCCUUUAAAACCCAACUGAACACCUACUAUAGCAGAUUUUGUGUUUUAGUUUCAUCCCCUGGUUAUGGACUGGGGCUCUAACGCUUUGUGAACCUAAACUAAAGAAGUGCUUAAGAAGAUAAAUGGAUGGUGGAUCCCUUCCACCAAAGUUUCAGAGACCACCCACCUUUUCUUUUUCUUCUAACAUUUCUUAAAAUCUAAAUCAUUACAAGAUGAUAUAAUAAUAAUAAUAAUAGUGUUGAUAAAACUAGAAAAGGUGAUAUACUGUUGUUUAUAGUGUGUCAUUCCUCAUUACACCCAGAUUUUACCUGCACUGGUGUUUCAUAAAACUAUAUCCUGUUACAAACUGUGUUGUACUCUGCAGUAAACAGAGACCAUACUGUGUACCAUGUAUAUAUUGUCUUCUUAUCUUCCACAUGCCUUAAAAACUUUAAAAAUUAGUGCUUUAAGAUGCUUUGUAGGCCUAUAAUUGUACCAUAGCAAUACUUUAAACUUGUAUCAGGGAAAUAAAUUAUUUCAAUAUCUUUA